AAAUCACCAUUCAAACAGAUGGAGAAUAAAAUAAAAGGAGGUAGAAUUUACAAACUUGGCGCAGACGGAAAAGUUCAGACGGCAUUCAGCAUUAAAGUGAUCCCGUACUCUGAGAAACCAAAGUUGAAGAAAUUUACAUUGUUCAAAACGCAUAAAAAUUAUGAUGUGGUAAUAGAAAAUAAAGUGAUUGCAGACAAACCAGGUUAUCCAGGAAUUACUCGUAAAGCUUUGAACCACGCAAUGGAGGCUUAUAUGGAGCUCUAUGAGGAUCAACAGAAAAGGAACAAAAGCAAUGCCAGCUUAUACCUUCACGAAGACAGUGUUAUCGUCCAACAUUUUAAGCCCUGAUUUCAUUCAUGAAAGUUAUUUUAUACUUGGUGCUUUUACUGAAAAAUAUUCUUAUGCAAAGUAAUUUGGGAUAACUAAUGUAAUUGAAACAGACUAAAUGUCAUAUUUAUUUUCAUUAUCUAUUGCUUUUGUGGAAAGGAAAUAAAAUUUAUUAAAAAUGCA